AUGGCUGAACAAAAAGAUGUGCCCGUUGCUGGUAAAUUUUUAACGUUAGAAGAAACUAAUUGUACAGAAAUGUUUUAUCGAAAUUCACCAUUAAAAAUUGUGCGAUGUCAAGGAACUUACAUGUUUGAUCAAGACGGAAAUCAGUAUUUAGAUUGUAUAAACAAUGUGGCUCAUGUUGGCCAUUGUCAUGCUUAUGUGGCUUCGAAAACCUACGAACAAGCACUUGUAUGUGAGACAAAUAAUCGUUAUUUACAUGAUAAUUGUCUAAUAUUAGCAGAAAGAUUAACAAAACAUCUACCAGAUGAUUUAGAACAAGUGUUUUUUUCUAAUUCCGGUUCCGAAGCAAAUGAUCUUGCCAUUCAACUGGCCAGAAAUUAUACUAACAAUUAUGAUAUUUUAGCGCUUGAUUAUGCAUAUCACGGACAUUUGCAGUCUCUGGUUGAAAUUAGUUCAUAUAAAUUUAAAAAAGAAAAAAACGGUGUUAAAAAAGACCAUGUUCACAUCGCACCUUGUCCGGAUCAAUAUCGAGGAAAAUAUCGAAAUGAUGAAUACACAGAUGAAGAAAAAUUAUGUGAUUUAUAUGUAAAAGAUUUAAUGAAUGUUGUUGAGGAUGCUGAAGGACGUGGACGUAAAAUAGCCAUUUUUUUAAUUGAACCAUUUCAAAGUUGUGGUGGACAAAUAAUUUACCCGAAAGGAUAUCUGAAAAAAGCUUUUAACUAUCUACAAUCAAAAAAUAUAUUGUGUUUAGCAGAUGAAGUGCAGACAGGGUUUGGACGAAGUGGUACACAUUUUUGGAGUUUUCAAACGGACGACGAUUCGAUAACACCCGAUUUUGUCACAGUUGGAAAAUCAAUGGGAAACGGACAUCCCGUGUCUGCCUUGAUUACAAAACGUUCAAUUGUUAUAAAAGCUUUUGAAGAUAAUGGAAUUGAAUACUUUAACACAUUUGGUGGAAAUCCAGUAUCGUGUGUCGCAGCUCUUGCUGUUCUAGAUAUAGUAGAACGUGAGAAUUUAAUGAAAAAUGCACAUGAUGUUGGCUUAUAUCUUUUAACCAGUUUAGAAAAAUUAAAAGAAAAACAUUAUAUUAUCGGUGAUGUUAGAGGGUACGGUUUGUUUGUCGGUGUUGACUUGGUGAAAGAUAGAAAAACACGUGAACCGGCAAUUGAUGAAGCAAGAGAAAUUCAACAGAGACUACGUGACAAUUUUGUUAUUAUGUCACUCGAUGGUCCCUAUUGUAAUGUAUUAUGUUUAUUACCAAAAUUAACUAGUAUAUUAUCAAUACAAUUGAAUAAUAUCAGAUUUUGCACAAUAAUGGACACUCUUUCACCAGCCUCAGCCGAAAGAAACACUGUACGAAAACAUAGUAUACACGCCGAUGAUCCAGACUUUGUUUUUAAAGAAUUUUAUUCAAAAGAGAAAACAAUUGAAUUAAGACAACAUUAUAUACCCAUAUGUACUCAAUUAUUCUAUCAUGAUAACCCAUUAAAAAUUGUACGAGCUUCUGGCACGUAUAUGUAUGAUCAACUGGGAAAUAAAUAUUUGGAUUGUAUCAAUAAUGUUGCACAUGUUGGUCAUUGUCAUCCACAUGUCACUCAACAAGUUCACAAACAAACUGGUGCAUGUGAAACAAAUAAUCGAUAUUUACAUGAUAAUCCGAUAAUAUUGGCUGAAAAAUUGUGUAAAACGUUGCCCGAAGAUUUGCAUCAAGUAUUUUAUACUAAUUCCGGAUCUGAAGCAAAUGAUUUAGCUAUGAGAUUAGCAAGGGAAUAUACUGGCAAUUAUGAUGUUCUAGUAUUAGAUAACGCCUAUCAUGGACACUUAACUUCAGUGGUGGAACUAAGUUCAUACAAGUUUAAGAACGAAAAAAUUAAUAAACCAAAAGAACAUGUUCAUAUCGUGAGUACACCAGAUGUAUAUCGAGGAAAAUAUCGAAACGAUGAACACACAGAUGAAGAAAAAUUAUGUGAUUUAUAUGUAAAAGAUUUAAUGAAUGUUGUUGAGGAUGCUGAAGGACGUGGACGUAAAAUAGCCAUUUUUUUAAUUGAAUCAUUUCAAAGUUGCGGUGGCCAAAUAAUAUAUCCACAAACGUACCUGAAAAAAGUAUUUAAGUAUUUACAAUCAAAAGGAAUACUUUGUCUCGUAGAUGAAGUGCAGACAGGAUUUGGACGAAGUGGCACACAUUUUUGGGCUUUUCAAACGUAUGAUGGAGAUCUUUGUCCUGAUUUUGUAACGAUUGGCAAGAGUAUGGGGAAUGGACAUCCUGUAGCUGCUUUGAUUACGAAAAAGUUUCUAACAGAAAAUUUUUAUAAAAAUGGCGUGGAAUAUUUUAAUACGUUUGGUGGUAAUCCAGUUUCGUGUCGUGCAGGUAUUGCCGUACUAGAUGUAAUUGGUAAAGAAAAUUUAAUGGAAAAUGCUCGAGAAGUUGGAGAAUAUCUCAUAAUGAAAUUAAAAGAAAUUGGCAAUACAUAUACGCUUGUUGGGGAUGUACGCGGUCGAGGAUUAUUUAUUGGCGUGGAACUAAUAAAAAAUGUGAAAACACGCGAACCAGCUAUUGAUGAAGCAAAACAGAUUCACUAUAAAUUACUUGAACAUUUUGUUAUUAUGUCACUUGAUGGACCCGAUCACAAUGUACUCAAAAUUAAACCUCCAGUCUGCUUUUCCAAGGAUGAUUGCGAUUUUCUCUGUGAAAAGUUAAACUUGAUAUUGAAAGAGAUUUCGUUAGAAGAAAAUAAGUGA